ACCGGCACCGGGAGGACCGGCGGCACCGGAGCGCUCCUGCGGCCGGGCCCCUCCCGCGGGCCGGCACCGGAGCCCGCGGAAACACGAUGCAUCCCCGAGGCCCCUGGGCUGCUGGCCCAGCAGCUCUGCUGCUCCUCGCCGGUGUCCUCGCCUCCGACACGCUGCCCAGCGCCCGGGGACGCAAGAAGGUGGUUCACGUCAUGGAGGGUGACAGCGGGGCCGUGGUGGUGCAAACAGCCCCGGGGAAGGUGGUGACACACCGAGGUGGCACCAUCAUCCUCCCCUGCCGCUACCACUACGACGUGUCCGCCCACGACCCCGCCGAGAUCCGCCUGAAAUGGACCAAAGUGACGGAGCCCAUGGCCUUCGUGGACGUCUUCGUGGCUCUGGGGAAGGCGCGGCGGGCGUUCGGCAGCUACCGGGGCCGCACGGCGCUGCAGGAGGACGGCGCCGGGGACGCCUCGCUCAUCAUCCGCAACGUCACCCUGCAGGACUACGGCCGCUACGAGUGCGAGGUCACCAACGAGCUGGAGGAUGACACUGGCAUGGUCAAGCUGGACCUUGAAGGCGUGAUCUUCCCCUACCACCCGCGCCUGGGGCGCUACACCCUGAACUUCCACGAGGCGCAGCAGGCGUGCCUGGAGCAGGACGGGAUCCUGGCCUCCCACGACCAGUUGCACCAGGCCUGGCUGGAGGGGAUGGACUGGUGCAACGCCGGCUGGCUGGAGGACGGCUCGGUGCAAUAUCCCAUCUCCCGGCCGCGGGAGGAGUGCGGCCGCAAGGACACGCCGGUGGGAGUCCGCAACUACGGGUACCGGCACAAGGAGAGCGAGCACUACGACGCCUUCUGCUUCACCUCCAACCUCAACGGCAAAGUCUACUUCCUGAAGACCUACCGCAAGCUGAGCUACCCCGAGGCGGUGCAGGCCUGCAAGAACAACGGGGGGGCGGUGGCCAAGGUGGGGCAGCUCUACGCGGCCUGGAAGCUGCAGCUGCUGGACCGCUGCGAGGCGGGCUGGCUGGAGGACGGCAGCAUCCGCUACCCCAUCGUCAACCCCCGCGCCCGCUGCGGGGGCCGCGAACCCGGCGUCCGCAACCUCGGCUUCCCCGACAAGAAGUACAAGCUCUUUGGGGUUUAUUGCUUUAAAAAAGCAGGUGAAGCUGGCCCGGAGAAGGCGGUGGCUGGAGGGCAUCCUAAUCGGGUGUGAGGUUUCCUCCCCAUCGCGUUGGAGCACCCCUCCGGACUUGGCUGGGGACGCCCCCCCCAACCCCCAUCAUAUGCUGGGCUCCCCGGCGUGGCUGCCUCGGGGGGCUGCGGGCAGCCCCUGGGUUGGACUGGGAGAGGGGCCCGUGUGGUGCUGGCACAGCUGCUGUGCCACAGGCUGCUGCCACAGGCUGGUGACACUUGGGGAAACUGAGGCAGCGGGAGGGGAACGAAUCCAGUAGCCCAGCUAGGAGCCUGCGCUUGGACCCAGAGCCGGCCCCCCAGCUCGUUGCAGUUCUUGCUUAUCAACCAGCCUGUUGCAUGUGCUAAAGGCCCGGCCAAAGCAAAGCAGGCUUGAGCCCCCCCGUGUCCCCAUCCUCAUGCCCGGGGUCCCCAGCUCCGCGCUGUCCCCAGGGCCAUGCACUGACCCCCCCGGGAGAUGCCGCGGGCCACCAGCAUCGUGGCACCGGCAGGUCUCUGCGGGGAAUUUCACCUGCCACCGGCUCCCCCUCGUCCCCCACAUCCCACCUUGGCGCUGGGCAAGGACUGGGAGCACUGGGCUUGGCUUCAUGCAACAUGAGCAGCCUUGGGGGGGCACCCGCAGCCCCGCCAGCACCCGCUCGCCUCCGGUCGCCCCCCGGGGCCACUGCUGGAGCCCAGUGGCCGCCAACCCGGGGCUGAGGCAGCUCCUUCGUGCUUGGCUUCGUGCCGGGAGCGGGGAGGUGCCGGGUGGGCACCGCCCCCUGUGCCCACCCCCCCAGGCUUUGUGCAGCCCUGGCGCUCGCCAGCUGGACGUAGAUGAAAUAAAAGCUUCGGCUGCUUUGGAGAGCUGAGCCCCGGCUCUCGUGUCUCCUUCACUGGUGCCACCACCCGGGGGCAUU